AGAUACUACUAGUCCACCAGCAGAAGUGCUACGUAAGUACUCGUCUCAACAAGGCCCCUCCUCCCCAAGAAAUGUCUAAAGCUGACCUCCCGGACGCACUCAUAAAAGUUCCGAUACUCAGAUAAGCACUAGUCCUCGUGGCUCUUACUAGUAGUUGAGUGCAUGUGAUUUUCGUUUCAUCGUGCUCUAGUUCCUAAACAUCACUACGAGUUGAUAAUAUCGACUCACCUGUCUUCGCUACACGUGCAUACCAGUCAAGUCUCGUUACUCCUUCAAAGCAGUCUACUUAUACCCUUACUUCUCUCUUACCACCAGUCUAACAAACACCACCAUUUUGUUCACAUCCAAGGUCUCACUCUUACAAACAUCUUCACCAACAAAAACAAAAUGGUAACGCUUCGUGCAGUUGCUCGUAUGGCCGGAAGGGCCAAGAUGGCGACCAACGUCAACCGCAAAGAACACGUACGACUGCGAAAAAGAUUCCUAGACUGCCUUCAUAUUUUUAGGGAUUAUCGAGAACAAGGGAGGUAUUCGUAAUCUUUUUCUUUCUCUUUGUAUUUUUCCAGUCGUAUGUCGCUUUAUGUAUCGUUGUAUGAUUAUACCGUCCUUUCCUCUGCUAGGACGCUAGCAUAUCAAGGUGACUUCGGCCCAGUUGCUCCUAUCGCACAAGCACACACUAUUUCAACAAUCACGCUAUCCUUCCAACAAACACUCCAUCUCUUCUCACAAUCUAUCCCUCCAUUCCCUUUCCCAUCGGCAACUCUUCCUCUUGUUCUCACGUCGGACGCCUUGUAAACCAAUGUUCCAAGAUUACUUCUCAAGGAUGAAUACUACCUCAGAAUACAUAUUCCCAGCAGGGAUGUCUUUCAAACAACUUGAACUCUCUCACUAGGCAUGCUUUUCAAACAAGGCAUGCACUUGAAGCAACACCCCACGAAUGGCUACACUAUUACUGCUACUCAUCUCCUCCUCAGGGACGCCUUUUACGUCCGCAUCCUUGAGUCUUUUGAUGUCAAAGAUUUGGAGGCGUUAGUAAAGAUGAAGACGGAGCACGACUUGACACAAGGACCCAUCAGUGUUUUUUUUCAGUGGUUCACGGAGGAAGAAGCAAGACGAGACUGCUUGGAUUUCGUCGAUUGGCUUAUCUUAUGGACCGUAAGUCGUAUUCAUUGAUUGAUGUGCUUAGAACAGGCACCGUGGUGGUCCUAUUAACAAUUGUAAAUCUUCAUGGGUGGAAACAUCUGUUUCCUCUUUUUUCUCUUAGAUUUAGUAGCUAGUCGUUCAUUCUAGGCAAAAAAGAAAUUGAAGAUUCCUAAUUGUACAGUAUAGGAUGUACUACCGCUAAUCAUCGAAGACGAAUUGAAGGUUCCCAAUUGUCCAGUAAUAAGGAUGUACUACCGCUAAUCAUCGAAGACGAAGAGAACCUCGCUACUCUGUCGAAAAGGGCAGGACACCGAGAAGCGCCAGUACGUAAAAAGAAAAAGAUAGACAUGGAGGCUUGGAUCAAGGAAUUUCAUCGUACUUUGUUUAUGUUUUGUUGAUCUUGAUCGACAAGGACGAAUUUCAUCGUAUGAUUUGUCCUUAUAAAUAGAAGCGAUGGUAUCCUGAAAUAGAGGAACGAAGACAUCACAAUGUAGGCGAAACGUGUAAGUGAACGCACAACACCAAGUCAAAAUCUCCUUUUAUUUCCCCAAAAGAACCCACCACAACCGUAGCCCCCAAGAGCACGCGACAAGCCUCCAAGGUUAUGACGUACGCCGAACUUGAGGCUAAGGACGAGGCGUACAGGCAGAGCUUAGAGGAUCAUUAUCAUGCAGAAGAAGCAAAGAAGCAGAGCUUGUUGGGACAACUGAAAAAAAUAUCGAUGGAGGAAGUUUUGGCAGUAUAGAUGUUGUUUUAGAUGAUCAACUUUUCUUGAGCGGACGUCAACUUCUCACAUAGAUAUUGCCUCGUAUCUAUGUGAGAACCUAUGAAGCAGUUUUGGCAGUAUGAGUAAUGCUAUGUUGUUUUCAGAUAGGCUAUUCUGAGCGUCUAAAAGGAAUAACGAUUUAAUCUAAGUCUUAAUCGUUGACCACACCAAAACCAAUUUUUAGGAUCUUCUCCCUUGACUACCCAUCUCCCAAGACUGAGUGUUACACUUUUCCUCUGCAGCGCGCCAAGGCUGCAGGCGAGAAGAAGAGGCAAGUGCAGGAGCAAUUGGAGGCCAGAGUUAGAGAAAGGGACCUCCAGCAGGAAGAACGGGAACGAUCGUUGCAUAACAAAUUGACGAACGCCUUCGAACGACAAGAACAACAGAAGCAAGUUACGCUGUUGACGGAGUGACUAAUUUAGAUCUACUUCUUCUAAAUCUACUUCUUCUUUGUGAAAUCAACAUUUGUUCUAGGGUAAUUUAGAGUGGAUGUGGAUUUGAAGAGGAAUUUCAAUUUUGAAGAACAUUCACCAUCGAUCUAGCUAUCCUCUUCUAGUUCGUAUGGAAGUUCUUUUUCUUUUUUUUUCUCCUGGGUCUGUCUUCUAAUUCAGAGCGAACCGGUAAGGCGCGAGCGGCUGUGCAGCUGUGGGAAGAGAGAAAGACAAAAGCCUUAGUACAGGCGAAGCUUGGUAAGCGUUUACUUGCAGUUGUAGAUUGGACACUUUUUCCUUCAAUUUCUUACACUGUUGAACAGAAACAAGAAUAUCCACUUUUACAUUUGUUUCCACUACAUUCUCCCCUAAACAAGAAUCAAAAAAAAAGAGAAGAACGUCUUAUCUACAAGUUCUCUCUAGUACAAUCCCUUUCUCCCCAAGAACUCAACGACUACGCAUCCUACAACCGCUUCUUCUCCAGAUCGUCGUGGCCCAGCAGCUUCAGUACCUACAUUACCCUCUGCCACGACGCGAGUAACCAGUGCCAAGCCCAGAGAACAUCCUGCAUUACGUGUUAGAAGAAGGGCAUUAGAAACCGAAGCUGGUCUAGCACGACGAGUCGAGUACACGCGGAGUUUAGUUAUAGCACCUUGUCCUUCUCUUCUUAGUAGAGUAACAAGUAGUCACCGCAGUAGACGACUGUCCUACUUGUAGAUAGAAAAGUAGUGGUAGUUGAUUCUAGAUUGGGAUUCAUUUCUCAUCAUAAUCUCAAAUUUUUGACUUCUUUGAUUGUCAUUUGCUGACCAAGAAUGGGAAUAAAUGAGAGUAAGACCAUCAUUUCAUUUUCAUUCCCUCUAAUCCGUAUAACUGUCGACCUGGCAGUGCACCUUCGUAUGCGAACUUGAAGCUGCCUGGUGUGCUGGGGGCAUCACCUCAAGAGCCGCGUGAACUCGCAAAAAGCAGGUACAGCAGUACAGUGAUUUAUGGGAAAGAACUUUCAUUUCUUUUAGACUACUUCUAAACUUCGAAGAUAAACUUUUCAACAUCCUGGGAAGAAUGACCUCUCCAUUUCAUCCCGUGAAGAGUGAUUAAUGAUCGGAUGGUAGUUAACGUCGUCCCCCUUUCAUACCCUCCGCGACAUAUUGAAGUACCAGGCGGAACGAAUGACAUGCAGUAAAGCAGGCAUACACGUUGCGAGCGAUAGCGUUUUUGCUGGAGGUUGAGGGUGGGAUGAGAUUGCAUGAAGAUAUGCGAUUGUUGUACUUACGUAAUUGUGGACGCUCACACACACAAUCACAUGAUGACGUCCUAUGCGAAAUGACUGUGCAUUUUUAGACGCCACACACUCCCAUGAUCAUCUUACUCAGGAGAACUCAAUAUCGUGGAAGAACAGGAUGUAAGUAAAGGUAUGGAGAGGGCCUUGAUCAAGAAGACGUGCGCAGGAGAGCGAGAGAAGAUUUUUUUUGCGCUGG